AUGGGCAACGACGGAGACGUGGAUGUCGUCCUCGUGACGCAGCUGCCGCCCGACUCGUGGUUUGAGGGGUUCGCAGUCCGCCCCAAUAACCACCUGGUGGCCGCCCGCCUGGACGCCCCCAGCAUCUACGACCUGGAUGCGGAGAAUCCAGAUGCCGAGCCACAGCCUCUGUGUGAGCUCCCCGGUGCCGCCUCCGCUAUCAAUCUGGUCGCGGUUCCCGGGCGCCAGGAUGAGUACAGCAUCAUCACUUCCGACAUCUGCGACCUGGCGGCGUGCAGGUGGCAGGACUUUGCCGUGUGGCAUCUCAAGAUAAAUCCCGAUGGCAAGGCGGAGGCCACGAAGAAGGGUGAGAUCAAGGACAUUGCUCUGCCCCUGGGUCUCUGUGCGGUGAACGAGCAGUACAUCCUCGUCGCCGAUUCGGUGAAGCUGUGCAUUCAAGUUUUGGACGUGACGACAGGCCAAAGCGAAGUCUUGCUAGCGGAUGAGGAAUCCAUGAAACCUAAAGGAGAGGACGCAUUCUUUGGGAUAAAUCGUAUCUGCCUGGCCGGUGGCUAUCUUUGGUAUUCGAACUACGGCGCCGGUUCAAUCCACCGAGUGCCAUAUGAGCUGGAUGGGAGCAACCCUCGGGUACCGCUCAAGGUUACCGGGCCGGUGGAGCUGGUCGCCGACGACUUGAAACAUUGCGAUGGAUUCCAGGUCACGCCAGGCGGCAGCGCCGCUUACACGUUGAACAGCGUUGAUGGCAACUUGAUGAAGACCGACGUCAAGUCGCUCCAAGGCGCAAAAGCGCAAUCCAUAAACGUACAAGAGAGGCUGGUUAGCCCCACGUGUCUCGAGCUAGGAACGCCAGGAAAGGGAAAGCAGAAGAUUUUUGUCAUGUGCUGCGGCGAGAUCGACGUUGGCUGGCUGGAUGCAAGCGACAAGCUAUCAUGGACAGAGUGGUCGAAAAUUCAGGUUUCGAGCACGGUGGAGGUGACCGUCACGACAGAGUAG